UGUGAACAGAGCUUGCAAAAGGAAGAUCAACAAAGUAAGGCCUUAAAGUUUAGCCACUGAUCAAUGAUGAGUCGCAGCCCAGAAAGGAUCUCAUCCUAUCGCCGGCAUUUCGAGGACACCAGCACCUCCUCUUACCAGGUGAGGGUCAGCAGCCCUUCUCCCGUCAGACGGGAUGUGGGGAGGUGCCGUUCAGCCAGCUACUCCCGUAACGCCACCGCUGUGAGAAGCAGUAUGGCAGUGGGACGGAGGACCAUCUCAUCCUCACGCAGCCAGCCCCUCAUGACUGGUGUCGGAAUGGGAGCCCUCUGUGUCAGUGGAAGGGGUCCAGGUUUCGAUCUCGACCAGGCUGCUGCAGAAAACCGUGAAUUCCUCAGCACACGAACCAGUGAGAAACAAGAAAUGAUUCUGCUCAACGAUCGACUGGCAGCAUACAUUGAGAAGGUCCGGUCGCUUGAGCAGCAAAACAAAUUGUUGGAGACGGAAAUCGAGUCCCUGAAGAAUCGAUUCUUGAAGCCCACCGGCCUCCGCUUGCUGUACGAGGAGCAACUCAAGGAGCUGAAGAGGCUGGCUGACCAGAUGAGAGUGCAGCGGGACCUUGCUAUUGCUGCAAAGGAUGCUAUGGCGGGUCAGUUGGAGAUGAUUAAAAUUAAAUAUGAGGAGGCCUUAGAGAUGAGGAGGAAAGCCGAGCUUGACAUUGAAGCUUUCCGUCCGGACGUGGACGCAGCCACCUCCGCGCGCAUUGCUUUGGAGAAGCAGCUAGAAAACCUGGAGGUGGAAAUAGAAUUCCUUCAGAGAGUUCACAAACAGGAAAUCGACGAGCUUCUGAAACAGAUUUACACAGCCCACGCCACAGCAUUAGACGUCUACAGUCUCCCCGACCUCUCAAGCGCUCUCAAGCAGAUCCAACACCAGUAUGAUGACAUUGCAGCUAAGAACUUACAGGAAAUGGAUUCUUGGUACAAAAAUAAAUUUGAAGAUCUCAACAACAAAACAACAAAACAUGUGGACAAGGUGCGAAGCGUGAGAGAGAAUAUUGUCACUGCGAAGAAGGAUAUUCAAAAUAAGGAGCGUGACUUGGACUCUUUGAAAACCAAAAAUGAGGCUUUGGAAGCACAGAUCCGUGAGACUCAAGAAAAGUACAGGAAAGAACUAGAAGAACUCCAGGCAAGAAUUGAGGCCUUGCAGCUUGAGCUGAAAUCCUCCAAACAGAAGAUAGCGCUGCUCCUGCGUGAAUACCAAGAUCUGCUCAAUGUGAAGAUGUCCCUCGAGAUCGAAAUUACCACAUACAGGAAGCUCAUUGAGGGUGAGGACUCUCGUCUGUCUUCCAUGGUACAGAGCAUGCAAACCAUGUCCCUCAUGAGUGGCAGCAUGAGUGUUCACAGUGCUGGAGCCACAGGUGUUGCAGGUGCCCUGGGUGCAGGAGUUGCUGAUAGAGCGGGUGGAGGUCUUGCCGGAGGUCUAGGUGGUGGUCUUGCCACAGGUCUAGGAGGAGGCAUUGGCGGAGGUCUAGGUGGGGGUCUUGGAGGAAGUCUUGGUGGCAGCCCUGCCACAGGUCUUGGAGGAAGCAUUGGAGGUGGUGUUGCUGGAGGUCUUGGUGGUGGUCUUGGCACAGGUCUUGGAGGAGGCAUUGGUGGUGGUCUUGCUGGAGGUCUUCCCGGAGGUAAUGACAGAGGUUUUGUCAAUGGGAUCACCGGUGGGGUUGGCGGCCCAGGCACCACUGUCGACUAUACUCAAGAGCAGGCUGUGGAGAUGACAGAGAGGAAGACUGUGCUUAUCAGAACAAUUAAAACUGAGGAUGACAUUCUGGAGAGCAACACACAGGAGAAAUCUUAUUCCAUCUCUGGAGCAGCAGAUGAUGAUGAGUAGUGGUGUUUUCUGCUCACCAGUCAUGCCUUCAGAUGCGUGUGCCUUACUACUCAAAGAUCAGCUUGCG